AUGUCUAACUGUGAAGUGAAUAAUGAGAAAUCUUGGAGUUACGGAGACGCGUUUGAGAUAAUUGGUCAUGGCCGAUACAACUAUAAAGUGCUAGCGGUAUGCAGUUUGAUAUCAGUAGCGGUGGCCUUUGAAAUGUUUGGCUUUGCAAUCACCGUAGCUGCUGCUACCUGUGAUCUGGAUCUUACCAUCAGCCAGAUUGGUCUUCUAGCUAGUUCACCGUUUGCAGGCUUACUCUUUGCAUACCCAUGGGGCUACUAUGCUGACACACGAGGAAGGAAAAGCGCCUUGCUGCUCUCCACUUCAAUUGGAUUUAUUUUUGGACUCCUAGGGAGUUUCUCAGUCAAUUGGCAGAUGAUGCUAGCGUUCAAGAUUAUUGGGUGUAGCUUCUCUACUGCAUCAUUCACGCUUACAAUGACAUACCUCGGAGAGUGUACCAGAGACAGGAAUAGAGGACAAUAUAUCUUCAUAAUGAUGAGCAUGAAUUUAGCAAGUGAAAUGCUGUCUUAUGGUCUAGCCUACAUCAUUCUACCUUUGACAUUUGCGUGCCCUAUACCCUUGUUAUCUAUUACAUUCAACUCUUGGCGUCUUUUCUCGAUGGUUCUGUGUAUUCCACUUGGUUUCGGCGCCAUUUUCAUGUGGACCCUGCAAGAGAGCCCUAAAUUCUUAGCAGACAGAGGAGACGGAGAUGAAGCUUUACAGGUCCUGAAGACGAUGUUUGUGGCGAAUGGGAAUCAAGAACACGAAUUUCCGGUUAAGUCGCUACAGUCAACGGUCAGCGUCGCCAAAGAAAUUUCCUGUUGUGUUACACUUGGGCAACAAAUAGGCCAACUGUUUAAGCCACCAUUAUUAUGGAGGACAUUGCAGCUGUUCUAUUUAUUGUCACUUACUUGUUCUAUAAACAACACUAUUGUGAUGUGGUUCCCAACGAUGCUAGAUAUUGUUUUCAAAUCGUUUUCAUCAGAUGGAGCGGAGGUUUCAUUCUGUGAAAGUAUAACGGAGGACUCUGUUUCGCAUAGAAACUCUAAUGCACCCUGCACUGGAACAUUAUCUGAAGAAACAAUUUUUUCUGGUAUUAUUGCAAGUUUAUUUUUCGUAGUAGUGAACCUUUGUGUUGCGAAAUUGGCGACGUGGCGACGCCAGAUUUUGAUGGGCUCUCUUUUUAUUGCUGGAGUCAGUUGUGUUAUGAUAAUAGUAUUGAGACAGCCCAUAGCAAGCAUAAUAUUCUUCACAUUGGCUCAAAUAACUGCCAUUGGGAUCGGGAGCAUCGCAUCUUAUUUCGUCGACUUAUAUCCCACAUCCUGCAGAGGUCUUGCACCAAGCUUGGGCUUCAUGUUAGGUCGUUUCGUAUCUCUAACGGCUGUAAUAUUAAUCGGAGGAACUAUCGUGAACCAUUGCAACGCUAUUUUCUAUACUUCUGCUACGUUGGCUUUUUCUGGCGCGGCCGUUGCGUUAUUACUUCCUUAG